AGGAAAAAACUAAAACAAUCACGUGUUUGGAGAUCAAAGGAGAUCCGCUUUGUAGAGCUGGAGAGAGGGGGAGUGAGAAAGAGAGUGAGAAAGAGAAAGAGCUACCAAGCAACGUAAUUGAUAAGGCUGCAAUGGUGAAAUAAACACUCUCGGCCAACGCACCGCUUUCAUUGCACAAUUGCGAAAACACGGCGCUCUUUUGACGCUUCGGAUUCGAUUUCCAGCAUUUCAGCACCAUCACCUAAUCACGCUUGGAAAUUAUGUUCCGAUCGGCGCAUAUCCAACCGGCAAGAUGAUGAUUUUACCAAGGAGAAGGUUAGAGUGUGUAGCCGAUUCGGUGUUCUUGGUGAUUUUCGUGGUCACCACUUCUCUUGGAACGGUUUUCGCCAAGGAUACGGCUUUUGUGGAAGUAGUGCUGUUUGAGUCAAAUCUAAAUGGAGAUUAUACUACAUACACGACCGGGUUGCAAGGACGAUUCUCAAAGGCAGGAGCCACUAUCAGCGCGGAGGGUGAGAUCGUGCAAAUGCAUCCGCUGGGGCUGUGUAACAACAACGAUGAUGAGGACUUAUACAAGUAUGGCUGGGUGGGAGUGGUGAAACUGGAGCAGCCCGAGCUGGACCCCAGCUGCCUCACCGUCCUGGGAAAGGCGAAGCGAGCGGUUCAGAGGGGAGCGACAGCUGUCAUCUUUGACGUGUCCGAAAACCCUGAUGCCAUCGAUCAGUUGAACCAGGUAGCGGAGGACCCUCUGAAGAGGCCGGUGGUUUAUGUGAAGGGGGCCGAUGCUGUUAAGCUGAUGAACAUAGUCAACAAGCAGAAAGUGGCCCGUGCCAGGAUCCAGCACAGACCACCAAGGCAGCCUACAGAGUACUUUGACAUGGGGAUCUUCCUGGCCUUCUUCGUAGUGGUAUCUCUGGUCUGCCUCAUACUGCUCAUCAAGAUCAAACUAAAACAGAGGAGAAGCCAGAGUUCUAUGAACAGGAUGGCCAUCCAGGCCCUGGAGAAGAUGGAGACCAGGAAGUUCAAGGCCAAGGUCAAAGGGCAGCGCGAGAGCAGCUGCGGGGUGUCGGAUUCGCUGAGCAGUAGCUCCACCUCCGACUGCGCUAUCUGCCUGGAGAAGUACAUCGACGGAGAGGAGCUGCGGGUCAUCCCCUGUGCCCACAGGUUCCAUAAGAAGUGUGUGGACCCUUGGCUCCUUCAGCACCACACCUGCCCUCACUGUAGACACAACAUAAUCGAGCAAAAGAAGGGGAACCCCGGCCCUAUCUGCAUGGAUGGCAACCCCGUCCACAGCCGGCAGCAGAGGGUAGUCCUGCCCGUCCACUACCCAGGCAGGGUGCACCGUGCUGGGCAGGUGACUACCUACCCCACCCGCACCUCCAUGGACCCAAAUGGUAACCCCAUCACAGUGCUCACUGUGGACCACCACCCAGACCCCCAGGGCCUGUACCCUCCCCAGUCUGCCCACGCCGGGGCCUUCCUCCGGGGCUACCACCCCCACACUACCAUGCACCUGGACCACUCUAUCAACCCCCACCACUGUGGCCUGGGCCUCAACCCCCCCACCUACCCCCAGCACCAGCAGUCCGGGCCCCACCAUGGAGCCUUCAAGAGGCCCAAAUUCCACGGGCGCAGCUUCUCGCGUGCUGCCUGCUACUCGCAGUACGAGACCAUGUACCAACACUACUACUUCCAGGGCCUGACCUUCCCCCAGCAGGGUGAGGGGGCUGCAGGCGUAGGGGGGGUGGCUGGGGGCGCCGGGCCCCAUAAGGGCCACCACAGCAGGGCCUUCCAGGGGGGUCUGCUCUACCCCACGGUGGUCCACAUGGCCCCCGCUACCAGCUCCAGGAUAGGUGAGGCAGGGAGCGGUGCCUCGGGCCUGGGCUGUUACCAUGGCCACCGCUCUAUGUGCAGCGGUUAUCUGGCCGACUGUCCGGGCAGCGACAGCAGCAGCAACAGUUCGGGCCAGUGCCACUGUUCCUCCAGUGACUCUAUGCUGGACUGCACCGAGGUUAGCAACCAGGGGGUGUACGGCUCCUGUUCUACCUUCCGCAGCUCCCUGAGCUCUGACUACGACCCCUACGUCUACCGCAGUAAGAGCCCCUGCAGGGGGUCGCAAGGGGAGCCAGGGGCCACAUCCGCAGGGGCCUCCACCGCCUGCCCCUCCACAGCCGAGGACUCCCUAACCCCAGCUCCCUCGGGGGGCCAAGACGGCUGCAAUCUGCAGCCACAGCCUCCUCCAGGGGCCUGUGGGUUCGGCUCAGGGGACCAGCUCUCCAGCUGCGGUCUGGAGCCCAACUACAGCAGCCGCUCGUCACCGGAGCAACCCAGGGACACCAGCACCACUUGCACUACCUCAGCCUGCCCUCUAGAAGGAGCCGCGGACAGGGGGAAGGGGGGGCAGACAGGGGAGGAGAUAGGGGGGCAUCAUGGCCUGGGGGGAGCCGGAGCAGGGGCGUGUAGCUGCUGUUUCGAGGUACUCCCACCAAACAUGGAGUGCAUAGGUCAGCAGGGGCAGGACUCGGACACGGCGGGGUCUCUGGCCUCCUCGGGGUGUGGCUGUCACAGGGGGGCGGAGUUCCAUCAGCAGAGCUCCGCCUCUCAGCAUCAGCAGAACUUUUACGGCCCGGGGGAGCACCUGUUGGCUCCGUCGGAGCAGGUGAGUUACGAGGGCCUGCCCUGCUUCUUCUACAAGGAGAUGAAGGUCCACCGGGCCACAGGGGGGCGCUAUAACGAGGACUAUGCCGUGAACGUGCAGUACGCACACCACGCUGCAGACUCAGACGCCUGCUCGGGACAGGGCUGCUGUGGCGAGCUCAGCCAGAGAAUACCCAUAAUCCACGAGGACACAGACUGUGAGCCGGGCUUGGGGGCGGAGACCCAGAGCAGCCUACUGCCAGGCAGCCUGAUCACGGGGGAGGGGCAAGGGGGCGAGGGGCGGACUGGGACUCGGUUGCGGGUGGAGCCUGGUGAAGGGGGGUACUUCACUUCAGGACAGUUCAGAGGUCAAAUGUACCCCACCCAGGAGGAAGAAACCAGGGCCCUGUUCCACCCCCAGAACUCCACUAACCACGAUGCAUCGGGAAACAGUAAAGCUACAUAUGAGGGGCUUGGGGGUAUAUGAGGGGGUGUGGAGCCCAGAAACAGCCUCUUUGGUACCGAACCAGUCAAUCGUUCAGUCAGUCAAUCAACAAACCCUCAGUUGCCUUGUUCUAAGCCUCGCUCGCUCGCUGAGCUCUGAAUGUUAUCAUACUAUAUGGUGAUGGUGUGGAUUUCUACUGAAAAUGAUAUGAUGGCCUGCCUGCCUGGUGUAACCAGGCCUAUCCAGUUCAUUCCUGUGGCUCAGCCCACCUCGUGGCCUCACCAGCAGCGUCCACAGGCUGGGAUAGAUAGAGAAUCAGGCUACAACAUAUGGGUGGAAGUUCACGGUGGUUGGUUCCAACAGUGGUUGGCUUGGCAGGGGCACAACACGACAUGUAGGCUACUACCACAUACCAUCAGUACCAGCCAGGGUCAGUCCAGAUCAUGAGACCCAUUAGGAGAGAAACUAAUUGUGUUAGGUGGGCCCAGUUUGUGAGAUUGUAUUUUCUGAUUUGGUGAGUUGUUUUUCUUCACAUGAUAUCUUAACUCCAUUUUGUGCAAAACAUUUGAGGAUUUGUGUCCUAUUUUUUUUUGCUUAAUUCUUAUUGCACAAACGCCUGGAUGUACUAUAUGUACAGUCAGGUCCAAAAUUAUUGGCACCUUGAAAAAGACUGUAUACAAUAAAUAAUACAAAUACUGAGCUA